GUCACGCUUCCGUUGGAAUGCACAUGAAACAAACACCAUGGCCAGCCAGCCCGUGGCUGCAGGGCUCUCUGCUGCCCGCUCCUAUGCUUGAAAUCCGUCGGGGGGCGACUCCGUUGUCUCUGACUGCAUCGCUCCCCAUCGCCCCGCAGCGCAACAACAAUGCCCGGAAACUUUUUCUCCUUCGAAGACCAGAUUGUGUUCUAUGGCCAAUAUCACCGGGACUCGGUGAAUAAGGCCAUCCACUUUGUCUUUGUUCCUGUGAUCCUGUGGAGCGUCUUGGUUCUGCUCCACAAUACCCCUGCCGCUGCCGAGUGGGCUUACAGCUACUAUAUUCCGCUCAACAUUGCGAGCCUCACGACCCUGGUCUACACGGGCUUCUAUAUCCUCAUCGAGCCUCUGACUGGCAUCCUGUAUGCGCCAUUUCUCAUUCUCGGCUACCAUACUGCUCACCUGUUCGCUAGCCUUGUGGACAACUCGACCGCUCUGGCGGUGCUCUCCAUCGUCGUGAGCUUUGCCAUCCAAAUCGCUGGCCACGAAUACGCCGAGAAGCGACGUCCCGCGUUUUUCGACAAUCUGUCUCAAGCGUUCCUGUUUGCCCCUUUCUUUGUGUUCUUUGAGAUCCUCACUCUCUUUGGAUACAAGAAGGCCCUGUGCGAGAAGCUUGACAAGAAGAUCGACAUUGCAAUCCUCAAGUGGAAGGCCGAGCAACAUCGCGCCGACUAAGGAUGCCAAGGCGUCAGCCAGCCAGCCAGCCAGCCAGCCAGCCAGCCAGGUCCAGGUGGCGGCUCAUAUCAUUCGUAUUGUGGUUUGUUGCCCAAGU